UGUUUAUAGAACGUUAAGCCAUUGACUUAUGCAACGUGUUGUUUACUGUUAACAAUAGUUAAGUUAUACAAGUGAUUUAUAUAACUCAAAUUUAUGUAAACGAAAAAGAUAUUAUAGGAUGCCAUCUUCAAUGCCAACGAACUCCCCCAAAGAAGACAAAUUAGCAAUCGGUAUUUUAGAAGUACAAGGAGCAUUCAAUGAACAUAACGUGGCACUGCGCAAAGCACAAAAAUGCUUUAAUAUCCCUGACUUAGAAAUUAUUGGUGUAAGAUAUCCGGACCACAUAUCCGACAAAAUAGACGGCCUUAUAAUUCCUGGUGGUGAAAGUACAACCAUUAGCUUAUUUCUGAAACGUAAUAAAAUGGACGAACCAUUGCGGAAGUGGAUUGAUUCGAAAAAUCACGUGACCUGGGGGACAUGUGCUGGAAUGAUACUGUUAUCGAAGCAGACAGAAAAUCAGAAGAUCGGAGGACAACCUUCGCUAGCUGAAAUGGACAUAGACGUUUCCAGAAACUUCUUUGGUCGUCAGAUCAACAGCUUUGAAGCACCAGUAAAUUUAAAGCAAAAACUGUUUGUUUCUGAGGCUUUUAAAAACUGCGAUGCAGAUGACAUUUAUCAUGGAGUUUUUAUCCGAGCACCUGCAGUUGUGGAAAUCUGCAGUCCGGAAGUAACUGUUUUAGCGACACUCGAUAGAUCAGGUAGUCAACAGCCUGAAGUUAUCGUUGCAGUGCAACAGGGUAAUAUGUUAGCUACCGCCUUUCACCCGGAACUGACAGAUGAUGUGAGAUGGCAUGCGCACUUCAUUGAAAUGAUUUGUACGGCAAAGAGAAAUAGCAAUGUGUUAUAAAUCACUUUUACCAUUUGUAUUUUACAAUUAUUCAUUCAAUUAAAUUUCAAAGCAAUA